AUGAGUCAAGAUGAUAUUCCACAUUAUAUAUGGAAUAUAUAUCACCAAAAUAAUCAUGAACACUUUGAUACAAUGAAACAUAUAUUUCCAACAAAAAUUAAAACAAAAAAAUGUAGAUGGAUUAUUGAAUACGACAUCAAAUUGUUAGAAAAUGAAUAUUUGAUACAAAUUAUCUUUUUAACAAAUUUAAGAAAAAUUUUUGAUUCGUUAAAUCCUUUAAAAGGUUUAUCUAUUACAAUUUUAAAUGGUAAAACAAAAAAUCAUAGCAUAUUUGUACCAGAAAUUGAAGAAAAAUAUUAUGAUUGGAAAAAUGUGGAUAUUAGUUAUCUUGUCGAUAUAGUGAAUCCCUUAAAGAAUUUGAGAAUAUCAUUGAAACCUGAUCCUGAUUUUUGUAAAAAUUUAAGAAAUAAUAUUACAAACUUACCUCCCUUGACCAAUAAUGAUACGCCGUUGAUCAUAUUUCUUGAAAAUACUUUAGGUACCAAAUCAAAAAGAAUAAAAAGAAAUAUUAUUGAUGAUAAAUUUUUACAUAGAUCUAAGAGAGAAACAAAAUCAGAUCUAAUAUUAAGGGAUAUAAAAUCAACCAAAAGGAAAGGAGGGCACUUUAAAAAUGGACGUGGAAGGAAGCUUUGCCGGAAAACAGAUUUGUAUGUUGACUUUAAAGAAUUAAAUUGGGAUGAUUGGAUACUAGCUCCAGAAGGGUAUAAUGCGUACCAGUGUCGUGGAAUAUGUUCUAAUCCUCUCCCAUCUAAACUUAACACAACUAACCAUGCUAUUAUUCAAUCUCUUAUAAAUACCUUAAAUCCCUUAUCAGUCCCUGCACCAUGUUGUAUUCCCACACGUCUAGCACCCUUAUCAAUAUUAUUCGUCGACUUUAACAAACAUGUAGUAAUCAAAAAUUAUGCUGAAAUGAUUGUUGUAGAAUGUGGUUGCAACUGA